AGGUCUAUCCUGGAAAUGGCAGAAGGGGUUUGGGUUGAGAAAUGCCACCAAAACUUAACGUUAUGCUUGGGCUGUACCAGUUGUCUGAUUUUUCCUUUGAAUUAGAUCUUAAAACACAAAUGGGAAAUUUAGAAGGGAAAGAGAUCCUAGAUAUAAAGGUCAUCUUUAGUCAUUGUAUGGCUCUGAACUUGGGAGUGGUCCCUUAAAUAGGAAAAAAAUACAUAUAGGCAUAUACUAGAAAAACUAUUCAUUAUGGAAUGCAUUGAAUUAAAAAAAUAGUAUUUUGACCCAUAUCAUGUUUGCAUUUUUAUUAUAAACAUAGUAAUUCAUCUUAAGCUUUGAAUUAUGACUAGUGGAAAAGAGAAGCCUUAGAAGAUCUAACACAAUUAUGCCACUUAAUGGUUUAUAAUUAUAGAUAUCACUUAGUAAAUGGGAAGGGAUUGUUUUUCAGUUGUUUCAGCCAUGCCUGGCUCUUUGUAAUGUCAUUUGAGAGUUUUUUUGGACAAAGAUACUGUAGUAGUUUGCCAUUUCCUUCUCCAGCUCAUUUUACAGAUGAGGAAACUGAGGCAAACAUUAUUAAAUGAUUUGCUCAAAGUCACACAGGUAGUGUCUGAAGCCAGAUUGGAACUCAGUCUUCUUGACUCUAGACCAGAUGCUGCAUCCACUGUGCUCUUCUAGAAUCAUCCAAAUCCAAAAGAGGAGGCAGAUUGUCAAAGAUUAAUGAUGAUAGUGAAUCAAGUUCCAGAGAACAACCCAUCUUUACCACCAGAGCACACGUCUUCCAAAUAGACCCCAGCACAAAGAAGAACUGGAUGCCUGCAAGCAAGCAGGCAGUCACCGUUUCCUACUUCUAUGACAGCACAAGAAACAGCUAUCGGAUUAUCAGUGUGGAUGGAGCCAAGGUGAUCAUCAACAGCACAAUCACACCUAAUAUGACCUUCACCAAAACAUCGCAGAAAUUCGGCCAGUGGGCAGACAGCAGAGCAAACACUGUGUUUGGUUUGGGUUUUUCUUCUGAGCAGCAGUUGACAAAGUUUGCAGAGAAAUUCCAGGAAGUGAAGGAAGCUGCCAAAUUAGCUAGAGACAAGUCUCAAGAGAAAAUCGAGACCUCAAGCAAUCAUUCUCAAGAAUCAGGAUGUGAAACCCCAUCUUCUACUCAGGCAUCAAGUGUGAAUGGAACAGACGAUGAAAAAGCAUCUCAUGGCCCUGCUGACACACGUCUGAAGUCUGAGAAUGAGAAGCUGAAACUGGCCCUUACACAGAGUGCCUCCAAUGUGAAGAAAUGGGAGAUUGAGCUGCAAACUCUGAGAGAGAGCAAUGCAAGACUGACAGCAGCGCUCCAAGAAUCGGCUGCCAGUGUAGACCAGUGGAAAAAGCAGUUUUCUAUUUGCAGAGAUGAGAAUGAUCGACUCAGGAAUAAGAUUGAAGAGCUAGAAGAACAAUGUAAUGAAAUAAAUAAGGAGAAAGAGAGGAACUCACAGCUGAAAAGGAGACUGGAGGCCCUGGAGUUGGAACUUAAAGAAAAGGAGAGGGAGUUGAAAGAUCUCCGAAAACAAGGUGAAAUCAUACCUCAGCUCAUGUCAGAAUGUGAUUUUGUCACCGAGAAAUUAGAGGCUUCUGAGAGAGAAAAUCAAAAUCUUGAAGAUAAAGUGAGGUCUUUAAGGACAGACAUCGAGGACAGUAAACACAGACAGCGCCACCUAAAACUGGAAAUCAAGAACUUUUUGGAGGUCCUUGAUGGGAAGAUAGAUGACUUGCAUGAUUUUCGGCGAGGGCUCUCCAAGCUGGGAACGGAAAAUUAGGAUGCAAAUUGUGAUCUAGGCUCCAAGAGUUUCAUGUUUGUUUACUCUAAAUGUGUGUACUACAAAAUAGGAACAGGAAGUACAGCUCGUUUGAAUUGUUUUUGUAAAUAGAGGCUCACAGUUUGUUGUGUUUUCCAACCAAAUGUGCUGCUCACUAAUUUCUUUUCAGAAUAGAAAACUUUGCUUUUCUGGGCUUAUGGAUGGAUAGAGGAUUCUGCCUCAGGAAUCAAGAACUAAGUCUACCUUAAGGACAUGUAUAUUUCUUAAGGACUGUUGCAACUGUAGAAACAAAAUAUUUUCCAACCCAACUACCAAUAUUCUAAGGAACCUGCAAUUUUAUUCUUUUUAUCUAGUGAAAUUGAAAUUAGUUGGGAUUCCUAAUUUCAUUUAUCAAAAAUGUAUUAAGGGAAGGGCAGAUAGGUGGCUAAGUGGAUAGAUAGCCAGGUCUGGUGAUGGGAGGUCCUGGGUUCAAAGCUAGCCUCAGACUUUUCCCAGCUAUGUUACCCUGGGCAAGUCACUUAAUCCCAAUUGCCUACUUACCACUUUCUGCCUUGGAACUAAUACUUUAAUAUUGAUUCUAAGACAGAAAGUAAGGAUUUCAAAAUACACAUAAAAUAGUCAUGAUUUCUGUGCUAGUACAUUUUAAAUUAGGUAACCCUGAGUUCCUUUGCAAGUCUAUGAUUCCUGACAGGUGUAUGUGUGCUUUGGGUUGUCUUCUAAGACUCACUGCAUAUGAAUGUUGUGAAUUUCUCAUAGCCAAUAUUGUGAUACUUAAAACAAAUGAAUUAAGAGACUUCCUGAGAAGAAAGGGAAUCCGAUUUUUAAGAAAUAUUGAUAUGUCCUCUAAAUCCAUGCACCAUUUGCACAUGUCACAUUAUGUGGUCUGCAAGACCGCAAAAAAAAAAGUUCCAUUUAAAUUUUUAAAAUUUAUAAGUGAACAACCAUGAUAUAUGAGUGACAGACCAUGAUGGCUGAGCCCACAUGAGGUAUGGCUUGUAAUCAAAUAAAACUUAGAACAAGUUUCAUCUGGCACAUAUUUAAUUUAUAUGUAUACUACAUACAUUAUAGAAUUGCAUCCCAUUUAGUUGGAUGGUGUGUGUGUGUACAUAUAUAUGCAUAUGUGGACAUGUGUGUGACACAUAUACACCUAAUAACCUAAUUACCAUCGCUGGAUGAUGUCUCUCUCUUAUCUUUCUGUCUCUCUUCUCUCUGCCUCUUUCUCUGUCUCUCACACACACAUGCCAUCUAGCUUAGUGAUAAUUGGCUAUAAAUAGUAUGCAAUUCACUUAAGUGACUAUUAUUACUUUUUCCACCAAACCAAAUCAUUUCUGAGGUCAGUGGAGGGAAAAUGGGAGGGAGCUAGGUAGAUUAGGAACAGUGUGGAUCCUAGGAACUCUCCCUUUCUCCUCCAGUACAGGGGGACUUGUAGCACAAAUGUUCUGAGAACCACAUAAAUGCCAGAUGUCUCUAGGACUAAGUAUGGGAACCAAGAACCCUUGGGUGCCUUGACUUAAUCAGGACAAUACCCACAACCCUAAUAUGAGAAUUUUUUACCUUUUUAUUUAAGGGUGAAGUUCAAACCAGGGCAGCCUCUUGUUCUAGACUAGAAGCAGUUGGAGAUGGAAAAAGGCAAAAGCUUGGCAAGAUCUUCUUCCUUCUAGCUACCAUCUCUCUUUUCCCAUGAGAGUUAUUUCACAUGUCUCUAGGUUACAGAGAUGCAGAGGAGCUCAGAGCAUCUUCCUCUUCUAUUCUUCCUUCAACUGAAAAGAGGAGCCUUAGGAGGAACAAAAAUACUUCCCUUCUAUCUUUCCCCAGAGGGCUUUAGGUUCCCUCAUUAGAGGAGGCUUUCUUGUCUCCAAAAUACCUCCCUAACAUCACUUGAAGUUCUACCAACUUGACAUUUAUUUGAAUUAACUAACAGAUGUGGUAGAGUGGGAGUUAAAAAGGAGCUAUCCCAUAAUCCCCACUUCAAGUGGAGACUCAGUCCCGCCAGCUUAGAUGAGAAGAAUAAAGUAGAAGCAACCACAAUGAGCUCUUAGAGGAAACAUCUAGAAAGCUUCAAGCUUUCUCAGGUUGGAGGAAGCUCAUUGUAUGUUUUCCAGGAAUGGUGUCUGUAGUUGCCUUUGUCCUUGGACCAUAGAUCCAUAGAUAAGUAUUUGUAUUUGCCCAGGAGUCUUGACUAGAGCCCUAAUUAAAAGAAGGAUAUCAAAGGGGUUAUUGUACCCAAAUGACAAUCAUCCCUAAGGAAGGCUUGAUGCCUCUCCUUGAAGGCCAAAAGAUGUGAGAGAAUUAUGCAUUUAGAGUCUAAAAUGGAGGCCAACCAACAGAAGCCUCCAGUCCAGUCACCAUCAAUGAAGUCCUUCCUAGAGAACACCAUUAAAGUUGUUCAGACCUCAGAGCCAAUAGAACAUUUGGUUCAGAAGAUUUCCAGAAUAGAAAUAGCUUAUAAAUUAUUUUGAAAUAUGCUUUCUACCCCAACUUACAUUGUACCUUACAGGGUACAAUGAAGGCGUGAUCACAUGAAACAAUACAAAGGAGUGUCUUGAUGGAACAUAUUGUGACCCCACCCUAAAGCCAUUUAAUGAAUAUUAGUUAAGAAUAAGAUGUUAUUGGAAUAAGGUACAAAAAUAUCUUUUGUUGUGAAAAUCUGAGGGAGGAAAAACCUUUAUGAAAGCAUCUAUUGAUCAAUCAUUUUUUUUUUUAAGAUUCAGCAUGGAGGGAGAUUCCACUGUCAGCCUUGGCUUGUCCUUUCUUCUCUAGUUAUAAAAAGAAUGAAAUGAUGUAAAUACCUGAGGCUCCUCAGAAAGAAAGAAAAGUUCUCUUCAGUGGUCUAGAUGGUCCCAAUUAGGGAUUGCUGAGAGCAGGAGCACAAAAAUAAAGCAAAUGGUGGAUGAGAUAGUGUGGUCUGGCUUUCAAGGGACUGGGGAAACAAUUGUGACAGUGGUCCUUUAUGUUCGUGUGAUAAUCUUAUAGUCUACAAAGCACUUUCACAUCUAUGAUCUCAUUUGAUCCAUGCAAUAACCCCUCUAUGAGAUAGACAGAAAAGGGAUCCUUAUUCCUAUUUAACAGAGAAGGAAAUUAAGGCCCAAAAAUGUGUGACCUUUCUUUGUGAUAGAGCCAGAACCAGAUUAGUCUUCUCUCAGCCCAGUGCUAUUUCUAUGAAAACAUCCUACCUUUCUGUUAAAAACAUAUCAAGCUAUUUUUUUCUUGGACAUAACCUGCUUUGGGGGAUAAAAACAAGAUUGUUUUGAGCAUAUAAUUAUUGCUUUGGCUACUGUCCAUAGCAAAAAAGAAUGAAUAACAGAUUCACAAAUCAGAAUUCUAUUUACAAUAAGGAUAAUGAAUAUAUUUUAGUUUUUAUGGGGUCUGCAUAUGAUUACAGGUAUUAUCACAAAGCAUUGGCUGGGUCCCCACCAUUUUUUAAACAUUCAAAUAUAUUUUUAUUUAUGCAAAAUAUCACUUUGAAUUUCUUUGCUUUCUCUCUUUACCUUCGGCAAAAUCUGAAAGGGAAUAUUUGAUCUCCUAAACAGGUAUUACUAGCAGAACAAUUUGUUUAAAAUAAAACUAUUAGUCAACUAUAGAAAUAUGAAUAAGGUUCUUUCUCAAGAAUUUCCCAAUUCUUCCUUUGUGUGGAUUUUAGUCAGCAUCUCACAAUUUUUCAGGCUGCUCCAGAAUCACCUUAAAAUGAAGAACUGUCAAUACGGAAAGUCAAUUUCAUGGUUACCUCAGAGCACAUCAAUAAAUCCUUAGGAAAGGCAGUUGGGGUCUACUCUCAUAGCCAUUAGGUUGACCUUCAUUAUGUUUUCUAAUCUAUGAAGAACUGGACCUUUGGGGAACUCUUGGUUAGCAGGCAAUAACAAGACACUUGAGGUGGAGAACAUAGAGAAUGUGUCUUCCCAAAACACGAAGAGCCAUCCAGUUUCCAAGUAUUCCAUUGAGCCUUCCUUUGUGUAUUGUGCUGCAGCACCUUUGGCCACCACUCUGUGGGUGUAUUUAGCUGGAUCUGUAAGUGGUAGAUACCAAGAAUCAUUUGACAGCCAGCCCCUUAAAACAAAAGGCUGAUAGGAGACAAAUGAUUUUGAUUCUGUGCUGGCAAUAAUGCUACCACUUAAAAAGUCGAUCUUUGAUUUCUCUUUCGCAAAGGGGGCAGUAUGGAUGCUGUUAUAUUUCAAAGUACUUUCCUGUACAACUAGAUGUUGCUGGUUGUUUAUUUUAGGUUAUUUCACUCUUGGCUGGAUUUGUUGUUUGCUCUACAUUCGAAAGCACAGACUGUUUAAAUGGAGAACACUCAUCAAGGUGCCUCUGUAUUUUUGAGUUACACACAUGAUUUCAGAGCCCUUUUUCUUGAUCAAAUGGUUACCAAAAGAAAAUUUAUUUAUACUAUUUGUCUACCUGUGUGUAUGUGUGUAUAGAGAUGUGUGUAUGUUGUACAUAUGUCCCUUAAAUACCUCUUAUGGUGGCAUCUAUGACACGAGCACCUAAGAAAAUGUUUUUGAUUAUGGGAUUAAAUACUGGUCAGCAAUAAUUUUUAGCCAUAGACCAGCUAUGAUAUUGGAUAUUUAAAAAGAAUUUGAGCGAAUCUCCUGGGGAAUGAGGUUAAAUAAUUCAUGUAAGAAGUGGGAAGGGAGUAAGGAGAAAAGGGUGGGAAGAAGGGAGAGAAUUUGGAACUAAAAAAAAUUUUUUUAAUGAAUGUUAAAAAUUGAUUUUACAUGUAAUUUGAGAAAAAGAAAACAUUUUAAAAAGCAGGAGGAAGAUUAUUAGAGUGGGGCAAAGUAUUCUGUAUUUAUGAUAGAAUAAUAGAAAAGUUUCCUUUUUUUUUCCCCUAAUAGAGACAGAGUGUUGAGAGGGAACUGGUCUCAGAGUCAAAAAGGUCUUAAAUGUUGCCUCACUUACCCUCUCAGCUUUUCAGUGCUCUAGGCAACUGUCUAGGGCUAUACAAGUUGCCAAGAAGGUAAGGACAUGCAGAGAAAGAAUGUGUAGAGAAUGUUUCCUUACCAUGUACCAAUGAAUUUAAAGAUCUUGUCUUCAUUCCUGUCUUGAAUAGGAUAAUACUGCAUAUACUCUGCAAAUUAUUUAUGAGAGGAAGAAUUUUAUCAGUUGUGUGUGGGCUUCCCCCUCUCUUCCAUUUAGAUGUAAUUCUACAGAAUUUAACUCUUUUUAAACCUUCAUCAAGAAUAAUCAACUCUUUGUGACCAACUACAGGGUUUUUAGAUUUGUUAGGAGCCUUUGGUAAUAAAGAUGGUUUCCAAACCUGCUUUUUUUUUUUUUGCUAUUAUGAGUAAAAUUUAUCAAAUGAUUGAGAACACUGUUGUUAACUAUGGGGCAACAUGGUCACACCUCGAUUGUCAUUUGUGCCCUCUUUUAAUAUAUUAAGAAGAAACACGCCGAAGUGUUCGGUUGAAUUAUUGUUAAGAAGUCUUUUAUGUUGUCACUGUCUGCCAUUAACCAAUAGACAUUUCUUGCACCAAACAUAAGACUUUAACAGUACAUGCAGAUAUGGUCGAUUGGUUUACUGGUAACAGUAAAAGCUGUUUUUUAUAUGUGUCUAAUUUAAGAACAAAAAAAGAACACUUCCUUUAAGAACUUAUAUACCUUUGUGAUUUUUAUCUGAUUCUCUUGUAUCAUAUAGAGUUGUUUUAUGUAAAAAUAUAUAGUUUAAGUAAAA